UUAAAAAAAAUGGAAGGAUUAAUUCCAUUUGUUUACAAAGCAAUAAUGGAUUACAAAAAUGGAGGCCAAAUUGCUACUGGUUCACCAAGAUGGAUGAAUAAUGAUUCGCCGUUAUUGGGUUCUUACAUGAGACUUCCAGGCGGGUCGGGUCGGUUUGAGAAUUCUUCGGAUAUACAGUUAUUCGGGUCACCGGAUAAUGAGUUUUCGAUGAAUUCGUCGUCAGCUUCUUCUUCAUCAGUCGCCGCCGGUAAGAGAUCAAUGGUUUCCGGUGGAUCACCGACGGCGAGGUGUCACUGGAUUUCUACUCGUGCUGUAAACAGAUAAAUUAC